GCACUGUCAAGUGGAGUUCACUGCAGAUGUCAACCUCAUUCUCGGGGGUCCCGCACAACUUAUGGGCCUCCAGGCCCCAGGGAACUUGCCUCAGAGCAGCUAAUUCAGAAGGCAGCAAGAGGAGACUAUGAUGGGGUCUAUGCGAUUCUGAGGAAUGGACUUGCUCAUCCAGACAUAGCUGACAAGCAUGGAUACACAGCACUUGCUGCUGCUGGUUUAGGGGGGUUAACUCCUCUCCACAUAGCUGCCUCCAUUCCUGGGGAGGAAGGGGUCCGGAUAACACAAUACCUCCUGCAUUCUGCUCCAGAUCUUAAUGCAAGAGCAGAAGAUGGAAAUGAGAUAUAUGGUCCAGACAAGCCUCAAGCCAGAGAAGCCAACUUGACAAGUGGUCUCACUUUGCAACUGAAAAAUGAAGCAGGACCACCACAAGAGUACUUUUCCUCCUAUAGUGGUCCUGUCCCUGAAGAAGGUGGAAGGAGUGCAUUGCAUAUUGCAUGUGAAAGAAAGGAUAACUCUGAGCAUGCCAGAGAUGUUAUCCGCCCACUUUUAAUGCAUCAGGCAAAUCCAGACACAUUGUGGAGUGGCCAUUCACCACUUUCCUUAGUAAUUGCCAGUGGGAAUGACUUGGCAGUGGUUGAACUCCUCAAACAUGGGGCUAACCCAAAUCUGCCAUUAAGUGGAGCAGUAAGAAGUGCCUUCUAUGCAGUUGUCACUACAGCCUAUGAACAGCAGAGAAUGACAGCACAGAGGAUUGCCUUGGUUGAUGAACUGCUUGAAGCUGGUGCAGAUAUUCUUGCACCAGUUACUCUUAGGGAAGGACAGAGAAAAGCUGUGGGAACGGCUGUUGACUAUGCCUAUUAUAAAUAUUACCGGGAUAGGAGAAUUGCUCACACGCCAUACCAUAUACUGUCAGCAUCUGAGCAGGAAUUUUUUCAGACAUGUCAGUCACUGCUGGAACACAUUACAGUGAAGCUCCAUGAGCGUGUCAUCCUGAAAGAGAAAGAGUGGGAUCAAGAAAAGCUGAGAAGAUCCAAGAAAUUGGAUUCAGUCGUUCACACAUGUGUUUCAAAGAAGAAAGGAAGGAGCCAUCUUGGGGAACAAGUGAG